AUGCCUCCUCCUCCUCCUUCCAGACCGGUUCUCAACGGAAACGGCCACAUCGGUCAUCACGGACAUCACCCUCCGGUUGCUCAGCCGGUUAGGCAUCAGCAGCCGUAUUACCGGGGCUACUCGUCGUCGUCAUCGGCGUCGCUGAAGGGAUGCUGCUGCUGCCUGUUCCUGCUAUUCGCGUUCCUGGCGCUUCUAGUACUGGCGGUGGUGCUGAUCGUGAUACUGGCGGUGAAGCCGAAGAAGCCUCAGUUCGAUCUGCAGCAAGUGGCAGUGGUUAACAUGGGAAUCGUUCCGCUGAAUAGUCCCAACCCUAGCGUUCUGGAUCCGACCUCCGCCUCCCUCUCCUUCACGAUUCGCAUGCUCUUCACCGCCGGGAAUCCGAACAAGGUCGGAAUCAGGUACGGAGAGUCCAGCUUCACGGUCAUGUACAAAGGCAUGCCGCUGGGGAGAGCGACGGUGGCGGGAUUCUACCAGGACGCGCACAGUACGAGGAACGUGGAGACCACCAUUGCCGUCGAUCGAGUCAAUCUUAUGCAAGGUAACGCCGGCGAUCUCGUCAGAGACGCUUCCUUGAACGACCGAGUCGAUCUCACCAUUCGCGGAGACGUCAGCGCUAAGAUCCGAGUCAUGAAUUUCGAUUCCCCCGGUGUUCAGGUAUCGGUGAAUUGUGGGAUAGGCAUUAGUCCUAAGAAGCAAGCUUUGAUUUACAAGCAAUGUGGCUUUGAUGGCCUCAGCGUCUAA